AUGGCCCCUUCGAGGAAAUCAAAAGCAAACCAACCUCCAUCACCAUCCCGAACCUUGAUUCUCGACAAUGGCGCGUAUACGAUAAAAGCUGGGUACGUGGCUGGCGAUGCCGUGGACGAGCCUCGCGUGAUACCGAACUGUAUCGGUCGAGAUCGCAAUAAGAAGAUCUACAUUGCUUCCGAUAUUAGUAAAUGUACUGACUUCAGCGAAGUCGCUUUCAGGCGACCCGUCGAGAAGGGCUUCAUCGUGAACUGGGAAGCCGAGAAAGAAAUAUGGGAACACGAAUUCUUUGACGAAAAGGCGCCGCAACCCUGCGAUCCCUCCGAGACCCGCCUAAUACUUACCGAACCCUCGAAUUCCCUUCCCAUUUUGCAGACAAAUUGCGACCAGAUGGUCUUCGAGGAGUUCGGUUUCGCUAGCUACUAUAGAGCAAUUGGCCCGUCUCUUAAUGCCUACCACGACGUACAAGGCAUCCUCAGAACCCCGCGAGACCCUGGAACUCUUGCUCAACUUCCUGCCGAGAUCUUACUCCUCAUCGACACCGGGUACUCCCAUACCACCGUUACUCCCCUCCUCCAAGGCAGGCCCAUUCAUCCCGCUAUUCGAAGGCUAGAUGUUGGAGGUAAACUCUUAACGAAUUACUUGACGCGGCUGCUUUCGCUUCGUCAUUAUGAUAUGCGUAAUGAGGCAUAUAUCGUGAACGAGAUGAAGGAAGCCGCCUGUUACGUUUCCCUCGACUACAAGGGAGACCACGAACGUACCUGGAAGGGCACGAAAGGUGAACGCCGAGAAACCUAUCUCAAUGGUGGCGGGAUAGCCAAAGAUUAUGUGCUACCAGAUUUUCAUACCAUAACCAAGGGAAUUAUGCGGGAUUUCGAUUCCCUUCGUGCCUCGAAGGCUCGGAAGCUAGCUUCUGGGCGAGCUGGAGAAUCUACAGAGGACGUAUUAACUUUGAGGAACGAACGCUUCUGCGUUCCGGAGCUGCUAUUCAAUCCUUCAGAUAUUGGCAUUCGCCAGCCUGGUAUUGCGGACCUUGUCAUGCAAUCUCUGCGUGUUUUACCCGUUGGGUUAUGGCCUGGUCUCCUUGCUAAUAUCAUUGUCGUCGGCGGUAACUCUCUUUUUGAUGGGUUUGUGGAGCGACUUCAAAAAGAGAUCGUGCAACUCGCUCCCGAUGAAUGUUUCGUUCGAGUCGCUCGCCCUGUAGACCCUAUAACGAGCACAUGGCUGGGCGGUGCCAAUCUAGCCAAGCACGAGAAUAUCAACGCCCUGUCUGUUACGAAGCAGGAAUAUGAGGAAUUUGGUGCGGCAUGGGUUGCGCGCAAGUUUUCUACCGGCUUAGAGUUAUGA